GCAAUAAGGAAUUCAGUUUGUUCUUUUUGCAAGAAUAAGUAGAUCUAACAUAUAACACGAAAAGUAAAACAUAUUAUUUACUGAUAUAAAGACCUGUGAGUUCCCAAAUGCGUUUGGUUUCAGCGUCCUUUUUGGCAUUUGCCUUUUUUUCGUUUAUUAUUAUCCUCGGAAAUAACGUGGAUGCGGCUGAGUUGCCUGCGAAGAUUUACAGCCAGCUUGGCGGUGAAUGGAAUGUGGAGGUGGUCUCGCCUUGUACAUCUUUUGCUGACGGGAACGUGACUUUUUUGAACGAGUCUGCCUCCAUUAAUUGGAUGAAUACCAAGCUCAAACAUCUGUCUACAAAGAUUAUCAGCGCCGAGGAGGAUGCGGAUACGCUCAACCUCGAUGGUUUUAAUCUGUUCCUUGUCAACGGGAGACAAGGUGUUUCGUACACGAUUUGCGAAUCCCAAACGAACCAUCUCGAAACGACAUCUCGUCCAUAUUACGAGGCGGGCAGGACGUCUACCACGCUGACGCAGUAUUCUGGUGUUAUGGACGGCAACUGCGACCUUGCAAACAAGCGAACUUUCUUUAUUCGCACCUUGGGUAUUCCAAUGGAAGGCAAAAAGGUAAGUGUGUUGAAGCAAAAGGAGGUACUGCAGUAUGUUGAGGUGCUAAUGGAUAUUCAAGAAUUACCAAACACAUGUUUUGUCAAAAUUGUUGAAGAGGCGGAGGAAAAUAAGUCCCGCUCAGCGAAGCGUCGGGGCCUACGUGCUGGUGCAGGAGAAUUGGACUCACUUGAUGUGUUUAGUAAAAACGGUCAGGUAUCUAUUCGGUUCACGAAGAAAUCACCAUCUAAACUAACUUUUUAUGAGAAAUAUAAAGCCUCGUUUAUGUUUGUCGGAGCGUUCUUAGGGUUUAGGAUAGUCAAUAAAAUCGUCCAGCAUAAAUUCUCCCGCUAAACAUUCGUGCUGAUUUGAUAAACUAAGCUAUUUUUCAUCCUUUUCAUUAUCGAAUAUAAUUCUAACAUUAUUAUCCUAACAAUUGAGUGACAUUCCUCGCCAU